GGUUUGAGCUUUUACCCCUUUCAGCUUGAAUUUUAGCUAAUAUUCUCAGUAGACAUUGAAAUUUAUGACUCUGAUUGAAUUGUAAUGUGCUGUUGAUUUGAGCACUGGUGUUUCAAAUUGAUGUCUCUAAUGUUUGUGUUGGAUCAAUUAUUCAAUUUCUGUUAAAGCUAAGACUAUGAUUAAAUUGAGAUAUUUAAAAGCAGGAUGCUAGCGGGGAGUUGCUUCAAGCUUCAACAUUUUCUUUUCUGUAGGUUUUCCUCGCGCAUACUGCAAUUUGGAUUAGAUAUUUGCUUGGGAAAAUAAAGUUAUUUUUAUCAACUGUUUUUUCUUCACCCGGCUAAAUGUUCAGUGACAAACUUGCUUUAUGGAUGUUUUGGCAAUUUAUGGGUCUGAUUAAUAUUGGUGGUGUGGUUGGUUGCGUGAUUAGUGAAGGUCCUUGGGUUUUUGUUGGCCUUCCAAAUGCUGUCAAGGCAUGGAAUAAACAAGUGUAUGCUUUGUUCGUGGGUAAUUACUUGUUCUUUGCCGGUGCGCAAUUUGUUUGCUUUGGUAUAAGGAAGCAGGGACAUUAAUAAUUGAAAGUA